CAAUCACUCAGCUUGCUCCUUUUACUUGAACCGUAGUCACUAUCACUUUCGCUAAUACUUCUCGUCAAGGAAGGGUCAGGGUUCGUUACAGUUAACAAGUCCCAUGACAAUGUAAUUUGUACACAAAACAUCUCUUUGCGUGAAGAAACCGUGCGUACGUGAUGAACUAACUCAACGGUGGCUUCGUCUUCCUUCAAGAAUUCCCGGACCAUUUCGAGAGCCCGCUUCUCAUACCAUGCAUCACAUACGUCCUUAUGCGCCUUUGCAAAUAAGUAACAAUAAACUAUCACUGGGAAAGUGUGAGAAGCUUCAGCCGGAAGAUGCUUGGCCAGCACUCCCUUGA